UGGUAGUGUCUGGAGCACACUGUAGCUGGAAUAUGUGUCCAUGGAAAGAAACAGUAUCCAUCACUUAAAUACCAUCUAUGUGACUGAUUUUUCUCCAAAAUGUCAUAGCACUUCUGAGAGCUUGGUGGCUAUUGAGUUGCUUUCCAGAGCAUCAGAUUGCCGUCAAAAUGAGUGAAACACCUUCAACUAGUUACUCGGUGAAUCAGCCUAACUCCUCCGAGAGUGAACAGAGUUUAAUCAUGCGCCAUUUCAAUGUUACUGAACCUGUUGUGGCAAAACGGAUCUGUUUCUAUAAAAGUGGAGAUCCUCAGUUUAACGGGAUCAACAUGGUGAUUAACAAUCGGUCUUACAAAACAUUUGAUGCCUUGCUGGAUAGUUUAUCUAAACGGGUCCCAUUACCUUUUGGAGUAAGAAAUAUUAGUACACCAAAAGGGAGACACAGCAUCACCAAUUUGGAGGAUCUUGAAGAUGGAAAAUCUUAUAUUUGCUCCCAUCAGAGGAAAAUGAAGCCCAUCAACCUGGAACAGGCUAGCAAAAAGCCACUUCCCUGGCAGAUCAGUAGGCCUGUCAGUGGUCGCCGUCGAGCUGUGCAAUUAGCAAGGGAAAAUGAAGAUGGAUUUGGCAAUCGAGAAAGUAAAAUAACAACUCCCAAGAAGAUGCUUGUUUUCAAAAAUGGAGAUGUAAGACUCAGGCGCACCAUAGUUCUGGGAAAGAAAAAUACACAAACCUUUGAGGCCUUUCUGGAUUACAUGAGUGAGUUAAUGCAAUAUCCAGUUGUGAAACUAUACACCACUGAUGGAAGAAAGGUUUCUAAUCUUCAGGCCCUAAUACUGUGCUCUGGAGCUGUAGUUGCAGCGGGGAGAGAGCCUUUUAAACCAAGCAAUUAUGAUUCUCUUGGGUAUUCACGGCCUGCUAAAUUGCUUGGAAUUGCAAAUCGUGUGUACCCAAAAGCAAAUGCCAAGUCAGAGAGUGAAAAUACUAGGAAAUGGAAGGUGUCAGUCCUCACCAGCAAUAUGCCAUCUGCAGGAACAAGCUCAAAGGUUUAUAUUACAUUGUACGGGGAUCGCAGCAGUUCAGGGCCCAUUUUUCUUGAUGGAGAGGAGGGAAAAUUAUUUCAGAGAGGAAAUGAAGACAUCUUCACAGUUAAUAGUAGAAACAUAGGACAUCUCUACAAAAUGCGCAUAGGGCAUACAAAUACCGGAAACUCCCCUGCCUGGCACUGCGAAGAGGUGCAGUUGUUGAACCUUUUCUCAGGGGAGCAGUUUUCUUUCCCUGCACAUCGAUGGCUGGCUGAUGGGGAAAUAUCUAUGGAGCUUCCUGUUUUACAGCAGGGCCAGCCUAUUCUUCCAGUGACUCUCUAUGAAGUGCAUGUGACAACAGGAGAACUGUGGAAUGCUGGAACUGAGGCUGAUGUUUAUAUUUCUGUUUAUGGAGAAAGAGGUGAUACAGGAUCGAGACAGCUGCUCAGGUCACAGAAAUCCAAGACAUUUCUAAAAGGACAAACUGACAUCUUUGCUGUGGAAGCUGUGCACCUUGGACAUUUGUACAAGAUUGUUAUAGGACACAAUGGUCUUGGAUCAGGAAAUGGCUGGUUUCUGGACAAAGUUGUAAUUAAGGAUCCUACAACAGAUUUGGAUUAUACUUUCCUUUGUCACAGGUGGCUGGACCAGGGGCAGGAUGAUGGCAGUAUUGCUAGAGAACUGAUUGUGACAGAUGACAGCACAUUUCCAGGAAGACAAGAGCUGGAACUCAAGAUAGAAGAAACUUGGGCUGCCGAAAAGUGGAAAUUUCAGAGAGGCAAUACACUUCAGUUUUACAACAGGCUCACCCGUGGCUUCAUUUGCCUCAGUCCGGAUAGCAGAGUUGAUGCUCUUGGUGACAAGAAAAACAAAUAUGGCAUUUUUGAUGUAAAUGUCAAAAGGAGAAAUAUAUGUAUAUUCAGCAGUCAUCAGAUUCCACGUCUUGCUCUUGCUCUUGUCAAUGGCCAUGUAAUCGGAAAGAGCAAAGACAAAGCAUGCUGUGAGCUCUGUGUUCACCUUCAACCGAAUGGUUGUGCUAUUCUUGAGUCAGCCAGGAACCCAGGGCACACCAUCACUUUCAAUCUUCACGGCAAAGUACCUGACGAAACGACAGGAUAUGCUGGACUUUCCAAAGAAUUUGUUGUGCAUGUCAAGGGUGUGUUUCACCAUGGUGCCAUCAUUCUGCUUAAGACAAGCCUCUGUCAGGCUCUGUCGCUUAGACCUGAUGGGAGCUGCAGUGGAGCAGGUCCGCAGCAGCCAGAAUCCUACUGGAAGGUGCAUAAAAUUGGCUCUGGACUCUGCAUGUUUGAAAGUGUGAGAAACCCAAGGAUGUAUCUGAAGAUCAAAGAUGACCAGUGUAAUGGAACAGGCACAGGUGAUGAAUACUGUCACUUUAGAAUUGAGAAGAAUUUGGAAACUGGAUCUGUCAGUCUAGAAUCAGUGCAACAUAAAGGGAUAUAUGUUGGUCUCCUGCCAGAUGGCCAGACUAAGCCAGUCAUUAAUGCUGGAGAGAAGAACACUUUUUUCUACCCACAGGUCAUCAAAUUUGGCCGGGAAAAGCCUAUGGGAACAUCUGCAGCACCCAAUCAAGAGAAAAAAGACUUCAGUGAAUCUCAGUUCCAAUCAGCAAAAGCCCAGAAGCCAAUAUCUCAAAGUUCUUUAACUUUUCCACCCUCAAAGGAAAUGCGAAAUCCCCAGGGUGAUGAGUGUCCCCUUCCUUCGGAUGAUGAAUGGAGAGUGUCAAUGCUGACAGGAAAUGCAGGAACAGAAGCAAAUAUCUCUCUCUGGAUAUAUGGAGACAGAGGAGUAGCUGGACCAAUAACUCUUGGCAAGGACAACAGAAAGCAGCUGUUUCUUCCCAGGCAGGAGGAUGAAUUUCAGGUCAAAAUAAGAAACAUUGGGAAUAUCUACAAGAUAAGAAUUGAACUUGAUGGAUUACAGAAUGAACACUCAGAGUGGAACUUACAACGGGUGACACUGCAACAUCUAAAGAGCAAGAGAACACUGAAUUUUCCAACAAACACCUGGUUGUCAAAGAAUCGUGAUAAUAGAGAAUCUCUUUGUGAACUUCCAGUAGUGGAAGCUGGAAAGCCUGUCUAUCCAAUUGUCAUAUACCAUGUUUAUGUCUACACUGGGGACUUUGAGCAAACUGAUACAGAUUAUGCAGUUUAUCUGUGCAUCUAUGGAAAAAGAGGAGAUUCUGGUCUGAGACUUCUACAUAAAACUGGUAUACCCGUGACUUUUCAGAGAGGAAUGGUCAAUGCUUUUGAAGUGGAAGCUGUGUCUCUUGGAAAACUGCAGAAGGUGCUGUUGCGCUGUGAGGCUAAUGCCAAGUCCCAGUAUUGGUACUGUGACAAAGUUAUUGUUAGAGAAGCUGAGAACAAGUUGGAAUAUGUUUUCAAUUGUGCAAGGUGGCUUCCAUUUAUGUCCCAAGGUGUGAUUCAUUCAGAAAUUGAGCUGUACCCUCAAGAAUUUCAAAUAAAUCAGCAGCUGAAAAUGCAAGAAGAAGCAAAUGAAGAAGACUGGAAGAUUACUGUAGUCACUGGGGAUUUUGAAACAGCUGGCACAACAGCCACAGUAUCCCUUUACGCUUAUGGAGAAAACAAAGCUUCUGGUCCUAUUAUAUUGGGAUCUGGGAAACACCACCUGUUUAAUCCCAACAGUGAAGAUAUAUUUAAGGUGGUUCAUGUUCUCAUGUUAUCAGUAGAUGCCAGAGGCUGGAAUUGGGACUUAAAAAAACACCUGAAGCCUCAUGUGUUGGUGUAUGAGGUCCAUGUAUACACGGGUGCUAAACCUGGUGCUGAAACGGAUUCUAAUGUUUAUAUCAACCUCAUUGGGACAAGAGGAGAUGCUGGCAAAAGGAAGCUCCACAGAUCUAAGAAUAAUAAUGUAAAAUUUCGACAAGGACAGAUGGAUAUUUUCUGCAUAAAGGCUGUCUCACUGGGAGACUUGGAGAAAGUUCUGAUUAGCCGUGAUGGAGCCGGUCCAGGCAAUGGAUGGUUCCUGGACAAGAUUGUUAUCAAAUAUAAGGAAGGAAAGGAAGAUCAGGAGGUUGUAUUUCCUUGUAAUAGAUGGUUAGAUGAAUAUCAAGAUGAUGGGAAGACUGAGAGGGAGCUAACUGCCAAUAAGGAUGACAGUUCAAUAAAGACAUUCCUUAAAGCAGAACUGUGGAGAGUGCAGGUUAAAACAGACGGAGAUUCCCCAAAGCCACAGGAGUGUAAAAGGACCCUUGUGAUUUAUGGCUCAAAGGGAAAAAGUGGUGAGCUUUUGCUUUCUCCACAGACCCCAGGACAUGUGUGCUUUCUACCCAGAGCAACAGAUGAAUUCAUUGUUGAGACUGGAGAUCUGGGAGAUGUAUACAAGAUUCGGGUCAGCUGUGAUGAUGUGCCAUGCUUUCAGGGCUGGCAUUUGAAGACUUUUCACUUAGAAGGGCUACAUACAAAACAAGAACUGAACUUUGACUGUAACUGCUGGCUCUCUCUUAACAGAGGAGAUGAGCUAGUGAAAGAAUUCCCUGCAGUCAGGAAGGACCAGAAAACUUUACAAGUCUAUAAGUAUGUUGUCUCUGUACAUAUUGGUGACCGCUGGGGAGCAGAAACUUUUGCAAAUGUUUAUAUCAAUCUCUAUGGCAAAAGAGGUGACACGGGUGUGAGGAAACUUCAUACAUCUUUAUCAAAAGGAAGAAAAUUCCAAAAGAAUAAGGUGGAUUCAUUUUUGGUGGAAGCUGUUUCUCUGAGUCAGUUGAAAAAAGUGGUCAUAGGACAUGACGGAGAAGGGUACGGGGCUGGCAUGUACCUCAAGAUGGUAACAGUCAAGGAAUCACAAGACUCAGACAAAGAAUGGGUCUUCCCAUUGUGGAACUGGCUUGAUACUCAUCUGGGAUUAUGUGAGACUGUUUGUGAGAUUGUGACAACUGGCAGAAGAUUGACUUCCAGUCCUAAACUUCCUGAAAUCAACAUGACGACGUCAGGUCUCUGGAUAAUGGACAUCACUGGAUCUGACUUGAGCAAUGAAGAGGAUCCAAUAUCCCUUUCUUUUAUCUUUUAUGGCAACCUGAGUCACAAAAAGUUGCCGCUUCAAGUUACAGGAAAAGCAAUUCAAAUCAAAGAUGAAUUGGCAGAUAUUGGCUCAAUAUACAAAGUUCAGGUAACCGGCCCGCAUAGCGUGCUAAACCAGCCAUGGCACUUGGAUUUACUGCAUAUGAAGCACACAGGCACAAAGGAAGAAAUGUAUUUAGCUUUUGACUGCUGGUUCAACCCUAACGAAGACAAAUGUGUGGAGCUGCCAGCUCUCUAUGCAGAUGAGGAGCCUUUGCCUGUUGUAGAAUAUGCAGUCCAUUUGCACACGGGAGACUUGAAGAAAGCGGAUGCAACUGGUGAGGCAUAUCUAUGUGUGCAAGGAGAAAAAAGCAACUCGGGGAAACGAUGGCUUAACUCGAGAAACAGCGUGAUCGCUUUUGCUAGAGGGCAGGUGGAUAUUUUCAAAAUCAAAGCAGUAAAUCUCGGCAAGCUGAACCAAGUUCUUGUUGGAUUUAAGAGUCUGAAAAAAGAUGAGUGGUUCCUGGAAAAAAUUGUUAUAAAAGAAGUGUUCUACCCUUUUUCUGCACAUGUUUUUGUUCACAAUGACUGGAUAAAUAAACGCUCCAAGACAGAUUUUGUAGAAGUGGCAAUUCCACUCAAAGAAACAUCUGUUGCACCUCUUCCCAUGAAAAAUUUUGAUACUAAAAGCAGGGGACGAUGGCAAACAUGGGUGCACUGCACACAACUACCAGAAAAUGUUCCUGAUAUUCAAGUUGUUGUAUUUGGAAGAAAAGGGAAAUCCACUGCACAGAAAGUUCAGAAUCUGAAUGAUAGUCCAUUUUUGUUGACUGUUGAUGAUAUUGGAGAUAUAACAAAAAUUUCCUUUGUGUUAUCUGGUCCGUGCUUGGAAAGAGGAAUUAAACUUCAUAAGCUUCUGCUGAAAGACCUGGACACUAAACAAGAGCUGAGCUUUCACAGUGAAGCUCAGUAUCUAUUUGGAGAAGGUGGAUAUGAGACUGUGACAGAACUAGCAGCAGUCAGACCAGACAAGCCACCACUCAGGGAAGUUCUUUACUCGAUCAGUGUUCAUACGGGAACAUUGCCUGCAUCAGGGACUGAUGCAGAUGUAUUUAUCACAGUAUUUGGAGAACAGGGAGACUCCUGCAAAAGGAGACUAAAACAGUUGAAUUUUGAAAGUGGACAGGUUUGUAUCUUUGAAAUGAGAGCAGUAGACCUUGGACAGUUAAGCAAAGUGCUUGUUGAGCACCAUGAUGUGGGUUAUGGAGCUGGAUGGUACCUGGACCAAAUUGUCAUCCAUGAAUCAGGCAAGACUGAUGGUGAAUAUGCAUUUCUUUGCCAGCAAUGGUUAGACAGUGGAGUUGGUGAUGCACAGAUGGAACGAAUGUUGAAACUUCUUGGAAAAGUCAGGAAUGGAAAGUUGACAGGGAAGAUUUAUGGGACCUGGGAUGUCCUUGUCACAACUAGUGAUAUUUUCUGUAGUUCCAUGAAUCCUAAAGUGUCUCUAAGUGUAUGCGGUGGAAAAGGUAUCUGUACUUCAGUCAUAUUCCCCAAAGGAUCCCUUAAAAAUGGGCAGAUUUAUGAAACUUCAAUUGAACUAAAUAAGAAAUUCAAUACUAUAUACAAAGUUCGCUUAGAAAUUGAAGAUGCUGAAGAAGGAGAGAGUUGGUAUUGCCGUGAGGUAAAGCUUCAACACAGAGAAAGCAAAAGUGUUCUCGAAUUUCCAUUUUGUUGCAACUUUUCAGAUGAAGGAGGAAGAGUGGCUGAGCUUCCAGUUCUCACACUUGGCUCUCCUUUUCCAGCAGUGAAAACCUAUGUUCUCUAUAUUACUACGGGAGCAUCCCAUGGUUCAGGAACUGAUGCUGAUGUGUAUAUCAUGCUGCAAGGCCUUUUGGGAGAUACUGGCAGAAGAAAGUUCAUCAGGAAAGGAGAUGAUAAUUUUACUAAAGGAAAGGUGGAUGUUUUUCAAAUAGAAGCAGUAGAUGUUGGGACUCUGAAGGAAGUAGUGGUCGAAAAAGGGAAAGGCACUGACUGGCUUCUGGAGAAGAUUAUUGUGAAAGAGUCAGCAGCUUCAGGGACAGAAACAUUGUUUAUGGCUCAAACAUGGCUAAAAGACAGACGUGAUGGAAAAAGAUUUGCCUCAGUAACUCUGAAUGCCACAGAAACUCAGGAGAGAAAAAGCACUUCUGCCUGGCCUUUAGGAAAAGAGCAAAUGAAUUCAGAAGGCAGAUGGAGGAUUUAUUUCACAAAAUAUCAAGAAGAAAAAUAUACAGACUUUGAAAAGUUGUCAGAAAUUUUAUCCAAGUUGGUUAUGGUUUUUUAUGGAAGCAACGGCAAGUCGAAUCUAGUUUCCAUGGAAAAAAAAGUGGAACAUCGGGCUAAAAACCAAAUAACAUAUGAUAUACACUUACCAUCUGAUUUGGGAACGCUUUAUAAAGUGAGAUUUGGUCUCCAGAGUUUGGAAAACAGCAUAUCCCAGUUGUAUCCUUGUUACUUUAAAAUGCAGAACACAUCAACCCUAGAUACCUUUCGUCUCACCAUAAAUAAAACACUUCCUCUUUCUUUUAAUGGAGACAGAUGGAUUGAAUUCCCUGUAGAGUGGCCAUUAAGAGAAGCACUUUCUGUGGUUACAUAUCAUCUCACAGUAUUUUCUAGAAAUAUUUUGAGUGAGAGAAAUUUGUUACAUAUGACUGCAUGUAUAUAUGGUACUCAUGGUGACACUGGGGACAGAUCCCUUCUCUGGUCGUUGCAGAAUGUCCAGCAGGAAGAGGACAAAGAGUCAUUUCUAGUUACCGUGGAUGCUGUGGAGUUAGGAGAACUGGAUAAAGUUGUUCUUGUGUUCAGCAGUAAAACAGACUGCAAACUGGACAUCAAAAAAUUGCAUUUGAAAGAAGCUGCAAAGGAGCAUCCUAUCUAUGUAUUUGAAGUGAAUGAAGCUCUUUUUGUGGGUAAAAAUAAGGCAGAAAUACAGAGAGAAAUCCCAGUAACUUUUAUUAUUGAAGAAGACAAAAAAAAGAAUGACAGAGAUAACUUACAUAAAGACAGAAGUCAAGGAAGAAAUCUGACAGAGUAUACUAUUAAAGUAUACACAGGUGACAAAAGGGGAGCAGGGACUGAUGCCAACGUGCACAUUAUUUUGUUUGGGAAUGAGGACAAAUCUGAGGUAUUUCAACUCUCUCAGUCACUGGAGCAUCAAGACCCCUUUGAAAGAGGAAAGGUUGAUACAUUCAAGAUUAAGACAAAACACUUGGGCAACCUACAUUCGAUUGAAAUUGGUCACGAUGGAAAAGGAUUCGCAAGUGGAUGGUUUCUGGAAAAAGUAGAAAUAACAGAUGCAUCUAGGAAUUCAGUGUACUGCUUCAACUGUAACAGGUGGCUUGCUGAGGAUGAAAGUGACGGCCACACCACAGUGCAACUUUAUCCGCAGCUCCUUGAUUUCUGAUUCUGAGUGUGUUGUUUCCCCAAAUUCAUGCUGAUCUGAUUUACUUGUAUUUUAUAAUUCUGAAGGUAUUAUAAUUGCUGUGAAGGAAUGUCAAAACAAUGUAUUAAAAACAUCACAGUAAAUUAAACAUGUCUAAUGUGAACACUGCAUUCCAAUCCUAUUAGAGAUGCUCAAAAACUUUGCAUGACUGAAAUUUAGAAAACAGAAAUUUAAAUCUGCACAUGGCUCUGUGAACUUGAUCUGAGCAUUCAUAAUGGUAGGCAAGUGUAGUAGCAUACUCAAACAUUUUUGCUUCAGUAGCAAUUUGUGGGUAAGUUAAAUUUAGCUCAUGGGUCAAAUCUGUCAAUAUUUAUUAAUUUGAUGAAUCUGUUUCAAUUUCAACAUUUAUUAAACUUUAGAUUUUCUCAAAAUCCUUUUCCACAACUCUUCAUCCUUCCCAUAUAUUGCUUCCUUUUUUUUUAUAAGACCAUAACAGAAAGUAAUAAAGGAUUUGUUAUUCAGGCAUUCACCCUGUGUCAGUAAGCCUCCCACUGACAUUUGAUUGUAAAAUCUUGUAGCUGAGCCAGAACCUCAGCUGAGACCCUUUGGAUCCAAAAGGUCUCUUAAGAGAGGCUGUUACCAGUAACACUGCAAUAAUUUACUAGCAGGCUUAGGCAGCACCCUGCUCAGCUGGAUGGUUUUUGCAGUGCCCAUUCUUACCCAUCUAACUGUCUUUGCAGUGCUAUAUCUGUGAAUGUCUUUACCAAAAAAAAAAAUAAAAAAUCAAAACUGUUUUUGAAAAUUCACAAUAAAUAGAAACAUAUUUAGUUACAAAUGCACAAAGUAAUGCUUGAUUUGGUAGGCUUUGACAAUUGCCAGAAUUGACUCAGGAAGGGUUUAGGAUACAGAUGAGUCUGAAAUCAAAUCACGACUUGCACACCACCUGAAGUUUCAUGUGUGUGACCAGAAUACUAAUAUUGUGUAUAAGCUACAUAGGACAUCUCUCUGUUUAAUCAAAGGCUCCUUCUGUAGUACCUCCAAAAUAUAAAAAUCUGUGUGAAGAUCUGAAUUUUAGUCCCAUUUCACUCUCAAGACACUACCAUGUUCUGUAACAGCAAUGUCCUUUCUACAAUUAUAGGAAUUAAAUGAGUUUCUAAUCUGUGCUGAUGAAACAUUGCCUGGCUGUCUUUUUCAUAUGCUUAAUGUUUAUUUACUCACACUAUUCUGUGAAAUGAGGAAUGUUUGCUGAUAUCUUCAUAGAUGAUGAUAUUUCAGUUGCUACUUUGACACACACAAAAAUAAACACAUAUAUAAUGGGUCUUGGCAGGUA